UGAGGUGUCAUUUUUGUGCUGUUGGAACGAGGCAGUCAGAAUGCAGACUUACGUUUACCUCCUUGUCUUUCUUCACAUCGCUGACGGUUGUAAAUUAUUGGAUUAUAGUCAGAUUACUAUUGAAGGAUUAUCGGGAGGGUCUGCGGUGCUGCCGUGCUCCUGCGCUGAUCCACAGGCUACAGUAUCAAAUCUCAGAUGGCAAUAUAGAAAAAAAAAUGUAGUUGGUGGUUUUAAUGACAUCUAUCCUACUGAUAAGACUCAACGCUUUAAAAGCCUAAUUCAGCUGGUUAAUGCUGCUGCUCCAGGAAACUUUUCUCUCCACAUAUCGCACCUGACUGCAGAGGAUGAAGGACUGUAUCAAUGUCAGGACAAGAAUCAGACGAGUAACUACAGACUUGUGACCCUCCAAGUAAAAUUUACAGCCACAGUGAGCACACCAAGGCCAGGCAGUGGCACUAAAACUACACCGAGCACACCAAGGCCAGUUACACCAAAGCCUAAUGGUGGCGCAUUGAGCACACCAGAGGCAGGAAGUAACCCGAACAAACAUCCAAACACAAUCCUGAACGAUCAUGACAAAGCUACAAAAUCAGGUUCAGCAUCUGAGGGUGGGAUGAAAAAUUUAUUUCAUUAUCUGUAUUUCAUGGUUCCUGCUCUGAUGGUGUUGAUGCUACUACUUGGAGGUGCCCUCUGCUGGACAUGCAGAGCCAAGAAACAAAAAGAGGCAAAGAACCAGGAACUCCAGAGAGGCCAAAGAAGCAAAGUUUCACAGGAUAAUUUGGAAGUGCUUUACUCAGAUGUAACAUGGAAACCUGCCAAGAAACCAGCUCAGGAGGCCCCUAAAUUCGAAGAUGUGCUGUAUGGCAGCGUCAAUGUGAACUCUGGCGACAAACAGAAUGACGUGUACGCUACAGUGAACAAGUCCAAAGAUAAGACCAGAUGCCAAGCUGUGAGACAUAAACCUGUAACUUUAUGCAUUCUGACACAUGAAGCCUGCAUUCUAGCAAACCAUGGACACAGCUUUGAAAUUAAAGCAAAUAUAUCUGAUGCGGUACUAUUGCCUUGCUACUGUACUGAUGUUAUCACAACUCAGAGUUUCCGCUGGAAGAAACUAAAUGAGCACAAAAACAUGUGGGAUGACAUUAAUGGGAAAAGAGUACAGCUGUUGAACGGUGUCUCUUCAGGAAAUUUCUCUUUACUCGUAUCCAACCUGACCGUAGGAGAUGAGGGACUUUACAGGUGUGAGGUUACAGCUGAGAAUUACACAUACAUCUAUCUCACUGUUCAAGGAAAGAGUGAAAGCAGCCAGGAUUUAACCAUCACUGCACACACAGGAGGCUCAAUUCUGCUGCCGUGCCACUCCACUGACCUACACACCAAGCCUAAGCAAUUCAAGUGGAGGAAAUACAGUAUGAUGAAAGUUUGGAGUGAUAUGUCCACUGAUGGACACAGAUUUCAGGUGGCUAAUGAACAGUCUCCAGGAAAUCUCUCUCUACUCAUAUCAGGCCUGAUUAAAGAGGACGAAGGAGUUUACAGAUGUGACCUUGGAAAACAUCGCUACACAGAUGUAAAGCUUGUUGUUAAAGUCUCUCCAGAGUCUCUUCCCUUCAUCCCCUUUGCCAUGAUAACUGUGAUCUUUCUGCACAUUAUUGUGGCUUGGGUUUAUUGCACCACCCGAAAAAAAGGUACUUCCCGAGUUCACUACUACACAGCUGAUGGAGAUGGACGUGUGAAUAUUGAACAAUAAGCCUCAAACAAAAGAAUAGUGGUUCAUUAUCAAGCUCCAAUCUUAUAUAUAUACUGUAUGCAUUGUUUAUUGUUCUGUGUUUUCACAAAACAUAAAUUGUUGUUCUGGUUUG